AUGGCGCCAUCAGAGAUGAAUGUGGAGAGAAUGGGAGAAGAUGAUAUGGUGGCUACCCCAAACGAUGGGAAAAUGGCAUACGUCACCUUUUUAGCCGGAAACCAAGACUAUUGGAUGGGUGUAGUUGGUCUAGCCAAAGGACUCCGUAAAGUGAACUCGGUUUAUCCUCUCGUGGUGGCGAUUCUUCCAGAUGUGCCAGAAGAGCAUCGUCAAAUCUUGGUUGCUCAGGGUUGCAUUGUCCGCGAGAUCGAGCCAGUUGUUCCGCCAGAAAACCAAGCCGGUUAUGCUAUGGCUUAUUACGUCAUCAAUUACUCUAAGCUUCGUAUAUGGGAGUUUGUGGAGUAUGAAAAGAUGAUAUAUCUAGAUGGAGACAUACAAGUGUUUGAUAACAUUGAUCAUCUUUUUGAUUCUCCUUCUGGCUACUUGUAUGCCGUUAGAGACUGCUUUUGUGAGGGUAGUUGGUCCAAAACACCUCAAUAUGAAAUUGGUUACUGCCAACAGUCACCAGAAAAGGUGAGAUGGCCAGUGGAGACUUAUGGUCCUCCCCCGCCAAUGUACUUCAAUGCUGGUAUGUUGGUCUUUGAGCCAAACCUUCUCACUUACAAGGAUAUCCUUGAAGUUGUUAAAGUCACUACUCCAACUUCUUUUGCUGAACAGGACUUUCUGAAUAUGUACUUUAAAGACAUUUACAAGCCAAUUCCCACCACCUACAACCUCGUAAUGGCUAUGCUUUGGCGUCAUCCUGAACAUGUUGACCUUGAUCAAAUCAAAGUUGUUCAUUACUGCGCCAAAGGCUCAAAGCCUUGGAGAUUCACUGGAGCUGAAGAGCAUAUGGAUCGAGAAGAUAUCAAAAUGUUGGUGAAAAAAUGGUGGCAAAUUUAUGAUGAUUCGAGUUUGGAUUACAAGAACUUUGUUGAGACUGAGUUAAAGCUUAACCCGAUCAUCACAACCCUAGCUUCCAAGGAACCAGUCGGUGAUUGCCUUACCAGCCUUGCUCCCUCAGCCGCAUAAACAAUCUUUAUGUGGAGUCUCUACUUUAUGUCAUGUUCUGUUUUUCCUUUUAUUUCAAGGUUGAGCUAUAUAUAUAAUUUCUAAAACUAUAUAUGGCAACCUUUUUUGAAGUUUUAUGUUUAUGCAUCGAGCGGUUUUGGUCUUGUGUUUUUGUCAAUGACAACAACCUCGAUCGCCCUCCUUGCUUUUGUGUU